AUGGCCCUGGGGGCAAUGUUGGCACAAGAAGUAGAGAAUCUGGAGAGAGCCAUCUAUUACAUCAGUAAGAAACUCCUUGCUUAUGAGGAGAAUUAUUCACUAAUAGAAAAAACCUGUCUGGCUGUAUUGGAAAAUUGGCCAAAUGGUUGGUCCUCAUGCGAAUUUGAUAUUGUGUAUGAGACUCGAAAAACCAUCAAAGGACGUGUAGUGGCCGAAUUUCUUUCCGAAAAUCCAGUUAAUGAAGAGGAAGAAGUCGAAACAGCCUUCCCGGAUGAGAGUCUCAAGCUAGUAGAGGUCCAGCCAUGGAAAAUGUACUUUGAUGGGGCUAUGAAUAAGAGCGGAGCCGGUAUAGGGGUAGUUUUGGAAGCACCGAAUGGAGAACAAUUGUUAAUGUCAAAAAGGCUAUGUUUUCCAACCACUAAUAAUAUUGCAGAAUAUGAGGCUUGCAUUUGUGGCCUAGAGGCAUUAAUAGCUGUUGGGGCUAAAAAAGUUGAGGUGUUUGGAGAUUCAAUGCUAGUAGUUUCCCAUAUUAAAGGUGAAUGGGAAUUGAAAGAAGAAAAGUUGAGGCCAUACCUGGAGUAUGCUAAGAAACUAUUAUUUAGCUUUGAGGAAGUGACAAUGAAGCACAUGCCUAGAGCUCAGAACCAGAUGGCUGAUGCUCUAGCCACGUUGGCAUCCUUAUGGGAGAAGGGUAAUCAGAAGUUGACCCAGCCAGUUAUCCUGAUGAGGAGUAGAAUCCCAUGCUAUGAAGGGUUAAUAAUAGUACAUUUAGAUCUAGAAGAUGAGAUGAAAUGGUAUGAGGACAUAAGAAGAUAUUUAGAGGUAAGAGAAUACCCACAGUCAGCCAAUAGUAGGGAUAGAGCUACAAUUCAUAAUGGAGGAAGUACAUGCAGGAGUGUGUGGUCCUCACAUGAACGGAAGGGUAUUAGCGGGCAAAAUUUUAAGAUUGGGCUAUUACUGGUCUACCAUGGAUACUGA